UACUAAUAUGUGUGAACAUGUCAAUGGCAGUGAACCAACCAAUGCGGAGGUGUCGUGGACUAGCUGGGUGCACUGAGUUUAUGAAGCUACGUAAGCUUGGUUUGAUUCCUUUGCAGAUUAAUGAUGGUGAAAGGGCAGCAUCAUGUUUGAAUGUGGUGUUCUUUACAACAAGAGUAACAUGGAUUAUCAAUCAUCAUGCAACCAUGGUUCAAAAUAGUUGGGAUGUUGUAGAUGCACAAGAGAAAGAGGAGCUGAUCAAUCGUGUCAGGGCUGAUUUCAUCCUAGAUUGGAGCAAAAGGAAUCAUCGCGAAAUGGUCGAGAAGAACCUCGGAAAGAAGUUCAAUGACUUCCACUACCAGUUUCAUAAAAUAUACAUGGGUUGUGCAACACACCAGGAGGCAUUACUGAAGACAACAUCAUUGGUGGAACCAGAUGUAUGGAAAAAGUUAUGUGAGAGAUGGGGGAGUGACGAAUUCAAGAAAGUAUCCAAUCAAAAUAAGGCCAAUAGGAAAAAGCAGCGUGUGAACCACACACCAGGCAGAAAGUCAUUUGUGAGGUUAAUACAAAAGAUGGUUUUUGAAGUUGGUGAUACUAGCUGGAAUGGCAGAAAAACAGAGUCAUGGGCAUAUAUUUGUUGGUCUAGAGCUUGGUGUUCCAUUUUGUUAAAGGUUAUUUUUGAACUUUGUAGACAUAAGUUGUUUGAGGUUGAUUAAAGAGACAUGAAAAUUUUUUAUGCACCAAUGAGCCUGCAUGCAGGAUGCAAAAACUGUACUUCACUCCCUGGUUAAAAUGUAUAGCCAUGUUAACAAGAAAUCCAAUUUUCAUCUAGAUGAAAAUUUAGCUUUAUGUGUAUAGGAAAAUUAAGCUUCAUCUCCAUAUUUAUGUGUUUAGUGGCAGUAUGUAUUUAGGAAUUUAAGCUUGAUUUUGCAUGACGUUAAGUCUUUCUGCUUGCUAUAAUUCCCGGAUGUGAAAGUAAAUGUGAUGUUCAUUCAAGCUUGUA